UUGGUUGGGUCCUAGCAUUUAAUGUCAGCAAGUGAGAUUUAACCAUUUUUUGUAAACAGUUUUUGCCGUCAAAGAAAAUGUGACUUAAUAUCCGUCGUAAUGAAUCGGACCGAAUGGAGUCUGAGUCGUCCAAUCAGAAAGCAAAUAACUGAUAUGCAAAUUGUAUUUUAUCAUCACGUCAGCAGCGGUGGAACCGCUGAGGUCGCCAGCAGUGGUACAACUACGUGAAACUUCGUUCUUAUACAUUUCUCUGAAAUUAUCGAUUUGUGUCGGAGCGUUUGACUUCCCUCUGGACUCUUCUGUGAUGGGCAUUCAGCGGUUCAGCAGCCUGUGAGAUCUUCUCUUAGCACCACAUAGAAACAAGGAGUCCAGCCUUAGCGUCUGGACUGGUGGGACAAACGGUGGUCCCACGCCAUGACCGAUCCCAUCAUGGACUUCUUCGAUGAUCCCAACCUCUUCGGGGGUGGCUUGGAAGGGCUAGCGGAGGAUGGCUUUAAUGCAGGGCCCUCUCUGGUGGACGACCUCAACCUCGGCCCCGAGUUUGAGCCUCUGCAGGUGGAUCCGAUGGGGACGGGGAAGCACAUGGGUAUGAUGCAGACGCCCGGCCCCGCCCCCUCCUCCCAGCAGGGCCUGGCCUACGCACCACAGAUGGGGCAUUUUGACUCCAUGAAGGCCCAGAGCUCUAUGGCUCAGCCCUACUCCAGUGCUGAGGGUAACGGCGGUGGUUCUAUGGCUCAGCCCUACUCCGGUGCUGAGGGUAACGGCGGUGGCUUUAUGGCUCAGCAGCGGCCCCAGUUCCCAGGUACGCCCAUGGGCCAGCCGCCUCAGGCCAACGGACUCUUCCCGAACACCAGCCCCAUGUGGGGAAACCACGACCAAAAUAGAAACUCGUACCACCCACUGUCCCAGCAGCAGCAGCAGCAGCAGCAGCAACAACAACAACAACAACAACAGCAACAGCACCAACGUCAACAUCAACAUCCAUGUCAGCAAACGCAGCAGCAGCAGCAGCAGCAACAUGGACAUCAUCAGAUCAUGAACCAGCACCAGCCUCCCCACCAGCAGAUGAACGCCCAGGCCAUGCACCAGCGUGGCAAGCCCUUCCAGGAGCACCACAACUUCGCCUCCUACUACCAGGGCAACAUGGCACAGAACCAGCAGCAGCAGCCACAGCAGCAGAGCCGGCACGCCACCCUCAACACAGGCGGCAGCCCCUUCCACUGCGGCGUGGUCCCCAAUGCCCCGCCCCAGUCCAAGCCGUACAUGGACGCCUCCAACCCCAUGGCGUCCGCCCCGCCGGCCCAGCAACAGCCGCAGCGUCAGCAGGGCGCCUACCCAGUCCCCCAGCAGGUGCAGUCCUACCCGGGCCUGGGUUCGGAGGACACCGGCUUGGCCUACUCCAUGCAGUCGUCCCCCAUGCCUCACGGCCUGUCUUCCUGUUCGGUCAGCGCGUCGGCGGUGGCCGGCUAUCCCCCCUCGCAGUACUCCUUCCCCCGACAGCCGGUGGGGAUGAGCGUGACAAGCCAGCCUCUGUCCUCAGCGGCGGUUUCCAUGACGACGACCUCCUCUGCACGCGGAGCGUCGGCGCAUCCUGUGCCCGACCUCCUGAGCAGUGGCAGCUGUCCGUUCUCGUCGGCGCCUGGGUUGAGUCAGCCACAGCCUCACCCACAGCAGCAGCAACAGCAACAACAACAACAACAUCAUCCUCAUCAUCAGCAGCAACAACAACAGCAACAGCAAAGGCUUCAGGCGGCAGCCAGCCAGUCCGGGGAACAGUGUCCCUUCUCUCGUUCCAUGCAGCACGCCAAGCCUGCAUACAGCACAUCCGACAUGUUCCCCGACACUGCCAACUCCUUCUCUGCCACUGCGGAGAGCCAGUUCCCCCCUCUGCAGCAGCGGAGCUGCCAGAUGAGCAUGCCUCCACCCACUGCCACCAGCUCCGGCUCCACCUCCAGCACCGGCGGCAGUGGCGGCAGCACCAACGGGGGGUACCAGGCCAUGGAGAAGCACCUGCUGCCUGAGCCUCAGGGUGGGGGCUUUGAGGGGCUGGAGGCCCCCGACCUCCUGGAUGAGGACUUUCUGCCUCAGUUGGAGGCCGCCCUAAGCCAGCACGAGGACUCCAACUGCUCCUGGGCUAACGGCAGCCAGGGAGAGGGAGACGCCGAGGAGGAAGAGGAGUCGCUCUCCGUUCACUAUGAGAUUCAGCCCCCUAAGAACACUAAUGGUCCCAGCAGUCAGGUGCGGGUCCUCAGCCCCCAGAUGAAAAGCGGCUCGUCCUCCUCAUCCUCGUCUUCGUCCUCGUACUCCUCGGCCUCGGAGCGGCGGGCCCAGAAGCGGCAGCAGCAGCAGCUGCUGGCUCAGCAGCAGGCCGGGAUGGACUCGUCGGACGACAAGCAGGAGAAGGCCAACCGGAUCAUCUCCGAGGCCAUCGCCAAAGCUGGCCUUGGCGAAAAAAACAUCCAGCCGUCCAUGAGCCCGACAGCUUUGAGAGCUUUGCGGAUCGCCCGGCACGGACGCCGACCAUGCCCCGCCUCUGCCAAGGGCCGGACCAAGGAGAGGACCUCCAAGAAGGCCCGCAUCGUCUCGUCGGGAAAGCCCAACAAGCAGAAAGCAAAGAUCGGGAAGAUCGUCAUCAAGUUUGGCAAAAAGAAGAAGCGGAAGCCAGAAUCCUCGGAAGAGCUGUCCGACGAUGAGCCGCCCCCACCACGACGCUCCAAAGAGGACGACUCGAAGCGGAGAUCUAACCGUCAGGUAAAGAGGAAGAAGUACAUGGAGGAUGGCGAAGCUCGCGUGUCCGACGAGGAAACAAAGGUUUCGGUGAAAGCCAAGAAGGCCAACACUGCAGCACGCAAAGACCCUGCCGUGCAGCUGUUUGUGGAGAACCCAAGUGAAGAGGAGGGCGCUGUCGUCGACAAAAUCAUGUCCUCGCGCAUUGCCAAGAAAGAGGUCUCUCCUGGUGUGCUGGUUGAAGUGGAGGAGUUCUUUGUAAAGUACAAAAACUACUCUUAUCUCCAUUGUGAGUGGGCCACAGAGCAGCAGCUGGAGAAGGAUAAGAGGAUCCAGCAGAAAAUCAAGCGCUUCAAAAUAAAGCAGGCGCAGCGAGCACACUUCUUCGCAGACAUGGAGGAGGAUCCGUUCAACCCGGACUACGUGGAGGUGGACCGGGUGCUUGAGGUGUCCUAUUGUGAGGACAAGGACACUGGCGAGCCGGUGGUGUACUACCUGGUGAAGUGGUGCUCCCUUCCGUACGAGGACAGCACAUGGGAGCUGAAGGAAGACGUGGACCAGACUAAGAUAGAGGAGUUUGAGCAGCUGCAGGCAGUGAAGCCAGACUCACGCAGGAUGGAGCGGCCCCCGGCCAGCCUGUGGAAGAAGCGCGAGCACUCGAGGGAGUACUGCAACAGCAACAGCCUCAGGGACUACCAGCUGGAGGGGGUCAACUGGCUGCUCUUCAACUGGUACAACAGGCGGAACUGCAUCCUGGCCGACGAAAUGGGCCUGGGCAAGACCAUCCAGUCCAUCACAUUCCUGGAGGAGAUCCAGCGCGUGGGCAUCCGCGGGCCCUUCCUCAUCAUCGCGCCGCUCUCCACCAUCGCCAACUGGGAGCGCGAGUUCCGCACGUGGACCCACCUCAACGUCAUCGUCUACCACGGCAGCAUGGUCAGCCGGCAGAUGCUGCAGCAGUACGAGAUGUACUUCAGGGACUCCCAGGGCCGAGCGAUCAGAGGGGCGUACAAGUUCCAGGCGGUCAUCACCACCUUUGAGAUGAUCCUAGGCGGCUGCCCGGAGCUCAAUGCCAUCGAGUGGCGCUGUGUCAUCAUUGACGAAGCCCACCGCCUCAAGAACAAGAACUGCAAGCUGCUGGAGGGCUUCAAGCUCAUGAAUCUGGAGCACAAGGUGCUGCUGACGGGCACUCCACUGCAGAACACCGUGGAGGAGCUCUUCAGCCUGCUGCACUUCCUGGAGCCUCUGCGCUUCCCUUCGGAGACCACCUUCAUGCAGGAGUUUGGGGACCUCAAGACCGAGGAGCAGGUCCAGAAGCUGCAGGGCAUCCUGAAGCCCAUGAUGCUCAGGCGACUGAAGGAGGACGUAGAGAAGAAGCUGGCUCCCAAAGAGGAGACCAUCAUCGAGGUGGAGCUGACCAACAUCCAGAAGAAGUACUACCGUGCCAUCCUGGAGAAGAACUUCUCCUUCCUGUCCAAGGGUGCCGGCCAAGCCAACCUUCCCAACCUGGUCAACACAAUGAUGGAGUUGAGGAAGUGCUGUAACCACCCCUACCUCAUUAAAGGGGCCGAGGAGAAGAUCCUUGAGGACUUCCGCGAGGUCUACAACCCCGGCGCCAUGGACUUCCACCUGCAGGCCAUGGUCCAGUCGGCGGGCAAGCUGGUCCUCAUCGACAAGCUGCUACCCAAGAUGAAGGCCGGCGGCCACAAGGUCCUCAUCUUCUCCCAGAUGGUGCGCUGCCUGGACAUCCUGGAGGACUACCUCAUCCAGAGAAGAUACCUCUAUGAGCGGAUAGACGGGAGAGUGCGGGGGAACUUACGGCAGGCGGCCAUCGACCGCUUCAGUAAGCCGGACUCGGACCGAUUUGUGUUCCUGCUGUGCACGAGGGCUGGAGGUCUGGGCAUCAACCUGACCGCCGCCGACACCUGCAUUAUCUUCGACUCGGACUGGAACCCACAGAAUGACCUACAGGCCCAGGCUCGCUGCCACAGGAUUGGCCAGAACAAGGCGGUGAAGGUGUACCGGCUGAUCACGCGCAACUCGUACGAGAGGGAGAUGUUCGACCGGGCCAGCCUCAAGCUGGGAUUGGACAAAGCCGUGCUGCAGAGCAUGAGUGGACGGGAAAAUAGCCUGGGAGGCGGGCAGCAGGCCCAGCAGCCACUCUCCAAGAAGGAGAUCGAGGACCUGCUACGCCGCGGCGCCUACGGGGCCAUCAUGGACGAGGAGGACGAGGGGGCCAAGUUCUGUGAGGAGGACAUCGAUCAGAUCCUCCAGCGCAGGACCAAGACCAUCACCAUCGAGUCCGAGGGACGAGGGUCUACUUUUGCCAAGGCUAGUUUCGUAGCAUCAGGGAACCGCACGGACAUCUCUCUGGAUGACCCUAACUUCUGGGACAAGUGGGCCAAGAAGGCGGAGAUAGACAUGGAGACGGUCAAUGGCAGAAACAGCCUGGUGAUUGACACGCCUCGCGUGCGGAAGCAGACGCGGCCGUUCAGCGCCACCAAGGACGAGCUGGCUGAGCUGUCGGAGGGCGAGAGCGAGGGCGAGAGCGACAAGCCCAAGCUGCGCCGGCCUCACGACCGCCUCAACAGCUACGGGCGUACCGAGUGCUUCCGCGUGGAGAAGAACCUGCUGGUGUACGGGUGGGGCCGUUGGAAGGACAUCCUGCUGCACGGGCGCUUCAAGCGGCCACUGAGCGAGCGCGACGUGGAGAUGAUCUGCCGCGCCCUACUGGCCUACUGCCUGGUGCAUUACCGCGGCGACGACAAGAUCAAGGGCUUCAUGUGGGACCUGAUCGCACCCACAGAGGACGGGCGCACCAAAGAGCUCACAAACCACUUGGGCCUCUCCACGCCAGUGCCGCGGGGCAGGAAAGGGAAGAAGAUGAAGACUCAGUCAACAGGCUUCGACAUCCAGAAGGCGGAAUGGAUCCGCAAGCACAACCCCGAGCACAUGCUGCAGGACGACGGCUACAAGAAGCACCUCAAGCACCACUGCAACAAGGUGCUGCUACGGGUCAGAAUGCUCUACUACCUGAAACAGGAGGUGAUCGGCUCACAGUCACAGCAAGUUCUGGACGGCGUGGAGGCCAGUGCAAUCCAGAUUCGUGUGCCAGAUCCUGACAGCGCAGAGCUCCCAGCUCUCUGGUGGGACCAAGACGCCGAUAAGUGUCUGCUGCUUGGAGUCUUCAAGCACGGUUAUGAGAAGUACAACACCAUCCGGGCAGACGCAGCUCUCUGCUUCCUAGAGCGCGUGGGCCGGCCGGACGAGAAGGCUAUCGCCGCCGAGCAGAGAGGCAACGACUUCAUGGACGGGGAUGUGGAUGACCCCGAGUACAAGCCUGCCCCGGCCUUGAUGAAGGACGAUAUGGAGGAUGAUGCCUCCUCUCCUGGAGACCUGGUUAUCACAGACACAGGUGGAGAAGGCAGCUCUGCCCCGGAGGGCGGGAGCACGGGCGCGUACUGGCCGUCGUCCUCAGCCCUGACGGCCCGUCUGCGGCGCCUCAUCACGGCCUCGCAGCGUUUCACCAAGAGCCGCCAGAUCCUGCACAUCCACCAGAGCCAGCAGUCCCUGAUGCCCACGCCGCUGUGCCCGCUGCCCGCCACACUCAACGACACCCUCACCUUCAACCCCAAGAUGGCCGCCAAGAUCGAGAGGCAGCAGAGGUGGACCAGGCGAGAAGAGGCCGACUUCUACCGUGUGGUUUCCACGUUCGGCGUGGUGUUUGACCCGGACCUGGGCCGCUUCGACUGGACCAAGUUCCGGGCCAUGGCGCGCCUGCACAAGAAGACGGACGAGAGCCUGCAGAAGUACCUGUGCGCCUUCACCACCAUGUGCCGCAGAGUGUGCCGGCUACCGCCCAAAGAAGGAGACGCAGUGGACCCAUCUCUGUCCAUCCAGCCUAUCACGGAGGAGAGGGCGUCACGCACGCUGUACCGUGUGGAGCUGCUGCGUCAGGUGCGCGAGCAGGUGCUGCGUCACUUGCUGCUGUACGAGCGGCUGGCACUGUGCCAGCCGGGCCCGGACCUGCCCGUGUGGUGGGAGACGGGCCUGCACGACCGCGACCUGUUGCUGGGCGCCGCCAAGCACGGCGUCAGCCGCACCGACUACCACAUCCUGCGCGACCCCGAGCUCUCCUUCAUGGCUGCCCAGCGCAACUACAGCCAGAACAAGGGCCAGCUGGUGCCGCCGGGUCAGUCGGCCGCCCACUCGCAUGCCCUCGCCCAGGCCCAGGUGCACACGCGCACCCCGCCACCGCUGCUGCCCGCACACUACCUGGCCGCGGCUCCUGCUGCCGCUCUUGCCGCCGCCACGGCACAGUCACCCCUGGCGGCCUCGGUCUCGCAGAGACCUGAAGAUAGCGCCCUCGCGGUGAAGGAGGAGGAGCAGGAGAUGGGCUUGGACGCCGGGGAGGAGGAGGAGGAGGCCCGGUCGAGGGCGUCCGCGUCUGCCGCGCCGGACGAGAAGUGGGCUCUCUCUGCGGUUCCCCUCGCGGGCCCCCCGACGCCUGGCACUGGGGAGGAGCAAACGGACGUGAAGCCAGUCAUUGUGAAAGGGGAGGAGAGUGAGAAGCGCAUGGUGGCUGCCCGCACCAAGCCGCUGACCCCCAACCCGGCCGGACGCAAGCAGAAGAAGUCCAAGAAGAAGGAGCGCAGUAGCGCUGGCGCCGCCGCUCGGCGGCCGUCGGGCUCCGACUCCGACUCUUCCUCCAGCUCUUCAUCACGUUCAUCCUCCUCUUCCUCCUCCUCGUCCUCCUCGUCCUCACACUCAGGCUCCAGCUCAUCUUCCUCCUCGUCCUCUUGCUCCUCAGGAUCGUCCUCCUCAUCAUCCUCAUCCUCAUCUUCCUCGGAGGACAGUGGCAGCGAGGCAGAGGACGGACAGAAGAGCACAUCAGCAGUGGCCACUGUGAAGGGCUUCGACGAGGACAGCGUGGCAUCACACAGCACCACUCAGGACGAGACACAGGAGAACAGCGUGACGGAGAACGGCAUCACACACCCCCCCAACCCCUUCCAGGGAGGAGGAUACAUGCUAGCUGCCUCCUACUGGCCUAAGGACCGUGUGAUGAUCAACCGCUUGGACAGCAUCUGUCAGGCCGUGCUGAAGGGGAAGUGGCCCGGCACGCGGCGCUCCUACGAGCCCGGCUCCGCCGUGGCCUCAUUCUACACCACCAAGCUGCUAGACAACCACCAGGUGGCGUCGGUCUCCGCAUCGUCGGCAGUUAGCGGCGCCCUCUCUGCCCCUGGCCUCCUCCCCGCCGCCGCCGCCGAGGACCCCGCGGCCUCCCCGCAAGGGUCAAAGGUGACCAAGCAUGUUGCAGACAAGGAGUUCUCAGUGAAAAUGAAUAACGAGGGCGGUCUGAAGCUGACCUUCCAGAAGGCUGGCCUACACCUGAAGAGGCCCCUGGAGGGCGAUGAGGGGCCCCUGGCACAGCAGCAGUACCUGGCCCGGCUCCAGGAGCUCCAGAGUGCCUCGGACACCAGCCUCACCGACUUCACCAAGACCCCCAGCGCCCCCUAUCCACAAGCGCUGGCAGGUCAGAUGAGACUGAACGGCGUGCUGGAUGGCCAGCCUGUGGUGAAGCGGCGACGCGGGCGGAGGAAGAACGUGGAGGGCCUGGACCUGCUGUUCCUGAACAGGAGCCGAGCGCCAGCCAUGCCUGAGCAGCGGGUCCCUCCAGGUUGGGUUGGCAGUGGCCAGGCCAGUGUGCCAGUGCCCCCUGCUGGUCAGCAGCAGCAGCAGCAGGGCUUCAGCCCUCAGGCUCAGGGCCCGCAGGACGCCGAGUGCCGGGUGCCCGUCAUCCACCUGAAGGACGGAACCCGGCUGGCCGGAGACGACGCGCCCAAGAGGAAAGACCUGGACCAGUGGCUCAAAGAGCACCCAGGCUUCGUCGCGGACGUGGGAGCCUUCAUCCCCGGGGUGAAUAAGAUGCAGUUCCAAGACGGCAGGCCCAAGCAGAAGAGGCAUCGGUGCCGGAACCCCAACAAGAUCGACGUCAACAGCCUGACAGGCGAAGAGAGAGUGCAGAUCAUCAACCGGAGAAAUGCACGCAAGAUUGGUGGUGCCUUUGCCCCUCCUCUGAAGGAUCUGUGCCGGUUCCUUCAGGAGCACCCGGAAUAUGGUGUUCCACCCGAGUGGGCCGACGUGGUCAAGCAGUCGGGCUACCUACCUGAAAGCAUGUUUGACCGGAUCCUGACUGGACCCAUCGUUCCGGAGGAGGUGAGCCGGCGCGGCCGGCGGCCCAAAAACGCCCUGGCGAAGGCAGCCUCGGCCGGCGCCAACGCCUCCGCAGCAGCGGCAGCCUCGGCCGCCGCCAUGGGCCUGAACCCGCUGCUGGCCAACGGCCUGCUGUCGGGCCUGGACCUGCCCAGCCUGCAGCUGUUCCAGCAGAACCUCCAACAGAACCUGCAGAGCCUCCAGUCGCUGCAGCUGACCGCGGGCCUCAUGGGCCUGCCCGCCGGCGACGCCACCAACCUGGCCGCCAUGUUUCCCAUGAUGCUCUCGGGCAUGGCGGGGCUGCCCAACCUGCUGGGCAUGAGCGGCCUGCUGGGGAAGGCACAGGACGGAGGAGCAGGAGCUGCAACGAUGGCGGCCGCAGCGACCGCCGCCAUGGCGACAGCAUCAGCACCAGAGGACACCACGCGGAAGAGCAGCAGCAAGGGCAGCAAGGGCAGUAAGAACUCGGCGGCCGACGCAGCGGCUUCCUCACAGCCGCCGCCCUCCUCCGACACCAAAGCUGAAAGGACAGAGGUGGCCAUCUCGGAGAGUUCCGCGACGCCCAGUUCGUCCUCCGCCGCCACCGCCACCUCCGCCUCCUCCGCCACCUCCACCUGCAGCUCCAGCCCACUGAGUGCUUCUGCUGCUGCAGCGGCGGCCGCCUCCGGUCACCCUCUGGCCCUCAACCCUCUCCUCCUCUCCAGUAUGCUCUACCCAGGGAUGCUCCUCACCCCAGGCCUUAACCUGCCCUCUGCAGCGCAGCAGAGCCAGAGCACAGCAAACACUGACCACGCCACCUCCACGGUCACCUCCCCCAGCGUCUCGUCGGCCGCUACAACCGCCACCUCUGCCCAUGCGCCCGCUGCCGCCUCUGUCGCACAACCCACGCCGCCUCUUACCGCCCGCUCGGAAGACGGGGGCGAGGAGGAGGAGGAGGAGGAGGAGCAGGAUGACGAGGAGGAGGCAGCGGAGCAGAAGGAGAACAGUGGUCCCGAGGGCUCGGGGAAGGUCGAGUCCUCUUCCUCUGGAGAGUCGGACAGCUCCUCCUCAUCAUCUGACGAUUCUGACUCGAGCGAUGAAGACUGAGCCUUUAUAAAUAUAUAUACAUACACAUAUAUAUUUAUAUAUUCCUUAGAAAUGUAUACAUAUAUACACAUAUAUAUGAUUUACCCUGCACUUAUGUUGUGAUUUUUUCUUUUCUUUCCCCUUUUGUAAAUAUUAAAUCGAGAGAAAAAGUGUUGUGUAAUUAAGACAAAGCCUUAGAGAACCAAGAUUAAAGAAACUGAAAUUAAAUUUCAGCGUUUGUUUAGGUACAAUCUUGUUUUGAAAAAGACAUUUUGCAUGUCGAACUUUAGUAGAUUUAUGGACUUUGUGAACUUGUAUUACACAAUGAUGUACAAUUGCAACGAGCAAGAAGAAAAAAAAAGAAAUCAACUAAAAGGCAGAGGCAUUAUUGUAUUAAUUAUGUUGGGAUUUAAUUUUAUUAAAAAAAAAGAGGAAAUACAUUACUGCUCCUGUUGAGCUGUACUAUUAAUAUAUUUUGAGUGUGUGGGGAAGGGUGGACUUGAACUAUUUUUUGGUUUCAUUUGUAAAUACUUUUACAGGAUCCUUGACACUUCUACUUUGCAGAACAUACUUUGGAAAACGUCAGCAAUAACUCGGGCAGCUAAUGAAUGUCACUGAAGCUGUAGACUUUUCACCUCCUUCAACCUGUUUUCCUCUCUCACCCACCACACAUCUUCCACUGAGGAGGAGUCACACUCUCUCUCUCUCUUCAUCUCUCUCUCACACACACACACACACACACACUUCCUGUCAGACGCUCACUUUCUCUCCUACUCCCACUCUUCUCUCUUAUCCUGUUAUAAAAAAAAUGGAAACAGCUUCUUGUCUUUGCAUCAACUAAAGUAUCAAGUAGCCUUGGGAGCAGGCCUUGCUCUACACAUUGAUCACAGUUUCUUGCAUUCACGCACUCACUUACACAUACAUACUCCUGAUCCAGAUCUGGAAAAAAAAAACAUUGUUUUCUCUCCCUUCACCUCCUAUCAGGUCUUUUAAAACAGCAGGCCUAUUUAGUUGCACAACUCAUCACUGUUUCUUGCCCUCUGUGUUAAGUUGUAUGAUUGGUUUGUGGUACCCGAGCACCAAAGGCAGACUAUGGGUCAAACCCAGGAGAAGUGGUCUUCGGUUACGGGGGCACUCUGCUAUGUCUCUUUAUUCUGGCCCUUAACCCUUCUCUCUGCAUUUGGUCUGCUUGUGUGGUUCUGCAGGCGUUUGUGAGUGUUAAUGUGCUGGAUGAAUAGAACCUCUCGUGUUGUGUUCUGUCACUUUCUAAAGCGUGCUAGAGAGCUUUCACCCUGUCCUGUCUGAUGUGAUUGCUGUGAGCACAAAGUAUUUUGUCUGUCUGACCUCUUUGUUUCAGCAUGGCAGAAGCAUCAUAUCACAAGUGAUUAGCUGUGUAGUACUUCCUCAGUGCUCCCAUCUGGAAAAUGUACUGACUGAUUGGGAAUGUGUUGUUGAUCUGUAGAUCUGAGGAAGAAUAGGAAUGAGCAGGAGAAGGUAUUUGAUCUUGGAAGAAUACGAGAGCCGUUUUGACCUGGUGAUUAUUGCCAUCGUAGGAUGCUCUUGUCGUGGCACGCGCCCCUCAGUUUAGAAGUAUUCCUCCAGUGUUCCACCAGUACAGUGAGUGAGGGCGUGUGGUCGACAUCAACUCUUUCUAUCUGCCUUUGUUAGCUUGCUGUUAACUGUAACGUGGAUAUCACCACUCCUUAAAAGUUUGAAGCAUUGCUUAAUAUCUCACCUACAGCUUUUGGUGUUGACUAGAUACAAGCCUGUUCUUGCCAGCUUAGUCAGUGGAGAUGCUGCCUCUUAGCUCUAUUGGAGGAGCAGUGGCGGACUAAUUGUAUUGUAGUUUUCGAUCCGACUUCCAUUUGGUGAACGAUCCGUUUGGCUAUGGGGUGGGUGUUAGUUACUGGCCAAGGGGUAUCGAUACGUCUUCAUCUUCUGUCCCUUCACGUUAACGUCUUCGCUGCCCAUCCACUUGUGAGCACCACAUACAGCAGAUGGAUAUAGAAGUGUCCUUACUCCAUACCUCUCGAGUCGAAGGGGAGUUCACGUCAUUACUGAAUACUGAAAAACAGAAAGAACGGAGGGGUGCUCUCCUAUCUCUCUCUCUCUCUCUCUCUCUCUCUCUCUCUCUGGCCUCCUUUUGUAUCGUCAUCGGUCACUUCAACCUUUAUGAGGACAUACACACUGGAAUCGCUACUCAGCCUUUUCUGAGGACGUUUGGAGUAUAAGUAUCACUGUUCAGAAACCGCACACACACUUAAUUGAGCUUUGGACUGUUAGGCACACAAGUGAGAAAUGGUACAGUGCUCGCUGAUAUUUUACGGCAAAUUCCCAAAAUGGUGGCCCCACAAAGAAUGUCCCAAGAUGUUUUUAUUUUGUGGUUAAUUGCUGCUGUCGAGGCACCCUGACCCCCACAUUAUGCUGUAUUGCUGUAAACAAAGUCUGUUUUUGGCACGGUACCUUACAAGUCUUUCGGUCAUUGACAGAAGUCAACCACUAAAGAACCACAGUAUCUAUGGCUGAUGUGUCUGGGGCAGCCGACUCCUAGAGCCCCACAUAAUGUAUUCAGACGUGGACACAUAGAGAUGUCCAGUACCCCUGUGCAUAGACAGGUACAAAAGAUUGGCUCUGUCUCUUCCACUAGACAGGCCCCAAACGCACAGGUUUUUUUUUGCAUUCGGGAAUCUAAAAAGCAGCCACCAUGUCCAGUUUUGUUUUGUUCUGUUUUGGUGUGUUUGAUUUGUCAUUUGUAGCUAGUGCCCAGUCAUUGCUGCUUCCUCCUGUGCACGUGCUACCUUGAAAUUGACUUUGUUCAUUUGGUUUUGUCAGGUUCUCACUUCUGAGCCCCGUGUUGGGAAAACAGAGAGCGCUCAGAUCUCUGAGAACAGACUACUCAUCACGGUAGACAAUGGACAAAGUGAUGAGUAUGACUUAAGGUUGAAAAUACACUUUUAUGUUGUUUUUUUUUGUAUUAUUAUUAUUAUUAUUAUUAUUAUUAUUUUAUUAAUGAUAUUUCAGGUAGUAUGUAAUGUUAAUGUCUCUCAAUGACUCACACAUUGCAAGUGCUGAACUGAUAUGAUGCAGAUGAAACUGCGACAGGGAACUGACGACCAACAUGCAAACAUAAAGCGCGAAACUACUCUACUACACUACUACACUACAUUGAGUUUAAUUGACUUCGUCAUUUAUACUGAGUAGACAGCGAAAUGGCGAAUAGACUAUUGCCUUUUUAUUUUUAUUUCAUGUUUUGCUUUAUGCUUACAGAUAUCCUUUUAAAGUCAUUUUUCAAGUCUUCUUUUUUCCUGUUUAUGUUCUUGGACAGUUGCAAUAUUUGCAAAUUGUGGUCUAUGUAGUCAAAUAAUGCUUUAUGUAGUGGAAGAAAAACGUCUUAAGAAGUCAUUUGUAAUUUAUUGAAUUACUUUCUAUGAAGUUCUAUAGAGGAAAUUGAGGUUUAAUUAUUUUUAUUAAACAUACUCUGACUAUCCAUGA